AUGGCCCUAGCUGUUGCUGGUGGCGGUAUUAAUGUUGGUGUUGGUGUUGGUGGUGUCAUGUCCACACCACCGGAUGUUAUAUUGGAAGACCUGGGUGCGCCGAGCAGCGUUCGCUCGUUUCUGGCGCGCGCUCAAACCGAGGGCUAUUUGAGCGGCAGCGCGAGCAAUCCACAUCAGUUGCAGCUGGCGGCCAGUGGCGCCUCAAAAAUUAUACGACCCAUACCGAGUAAGGCAACGUUGCCCAAUUUUGGCUUUCUGCCAGCGCCGCCGCCAACAAUUGCUACUGCUGCCGCCUAUGUGCAACAGCCAGUCGAAACAGUGGCAACAGCAGCAGCAGCAGCAGCAACAGUGCUGGAUCAAUUGCCCGUGGAGCAGCACCAGCAGCAGCAUCUGGAGGAUGAGGAGGAUGUGGAGGUGUUCAUAGACAGCAAUACCGCCACAGACAAUGAACUGGAACUGGAGCUGGACACGGAGGAUUGCAACGUGUCUGUGGUAAGCAGUCUCGCCAGCAGCAGCGCAGCGAGCAGCUUGAAUAUUGAGCGUGUUGAGAGUAACAAAAUGCAACUGACGCCGCCAGCAAGUGUGGUUGCUCCCACAGCAGCAGCUGCAACAACGACAGUUGUUGGCUCAGCCAAGCAGCAGCGACGCAGCAACAGCAAUAGUCAACGCAAAUGCUUAACAAACAAACGCAACAAUAGCACACGAGCAACAGUUGCUAGUGCGGCCAAGGCGCCACCGCCUGCUGCACAACUGGAGACGGCAACACAGCCAUCCAAGUUCAUCAUCGAUGUGGCAAGUUGCGAUGGACCUGUACGCUUUCGACGCAUACUCAAUACCGCUUACGGACACAAGCCCGACACAUUUGAUCCCAGCAAUGGGGGUGUUGGCGGCGGCGGCAGCAGCAGCGGAGGCGUGGCCGAGUUGCAGCGAACGCAGCAAAGUGUUAGCUAUUCGUUUCAUCAGCAGAUGGCACGGGCAAUCAGCAGCCAGCAACGACAGCAGCAGCAAGUUGAGAAUGAGAACACACGAUCUGUUGUCGACAUUGUGCUCCGUGUACCCGUUGCUGUUGUGGACAUAAUCGAUGCAGAGCCAAUAAACUGCAGCGAUGAGGAUGAGGCGGCCGGCACCAAAGCUGGCCCAGAUCCGGUGCUGGUUUUGCCAACGCAUGUGACUUGA